CCUAUAACCAAAGCUACAAACCAGGAAAACAUUCCACACGCCCGGAAUUAGUUUUUAUACAAACCUGUAACUGUGGUACAGACUGUUCUCUUUAAUUUCACAUUUCCAUCUUCAGCUUCUUCAUUAAAAAAAGUAAAAUAUGUGAAACAGUCUAAUUUUAACUGCUGUGGUGUAAUAUUAUCUUUGAGUAAAUUGUCCAUAUUGUGGCUGCGCCGAACAGGCGAACAGUGAGUAUCCCGAUGUUUGUGUCAUGGUGAGGUGAAUUAAAUUCACUUAAAAAUGGCUGACGGUGCGGGAAAUUGGUGUCUUAUUGAAAGUGACCCGGGAGUGUUUACGGAGCUAAUAAAGGAAUUUGGUGUUAAAGGGGUCCAAGUAGAAGAAUUGUGGAGUCUAGAUGCAGAACAGUUUGAGAAUUUGAAGCCCAUUCAUGGUUUAAUCUUCUUGUUUAAAUGGGUACAAGAUGAUGAGCCCUCAGGCUCUGUUGUGCAGGACAGUAGGCUGGAUAAAAUAUUUUUUGCCCGUCAGGUUAUCAACAAUGCCUGUGCCACACAGGCAAUCCUGAGUAUUCUUUUCAACUGCGUACAUGCUGAUAUUAGUUUAGGCAGUACUUUAACAGAAUUCAGAGAUUUCUGUCAGUCGUUUGAUGCAAAUAUGAAAGGUUUAGCUUUAACGAAUUCACAGACGAUCCGAACAGUACACAACUCAUUUGCACGGCAAACUCUGUUUGAAUAUGAAUCAAAACUUGCGUCCAAGAAUGAUGAGGUCUAUCAUUUUGUGGGAUAUGUGCCAAUAGAAGGCCGUCUGUAUGAACUAGAUGGCUUGAAGGAAGGUCCCAUAGAUCUGGGACCUGUGGCCUCUGAUGCUGAUUGGCUGGACGUAGUGCGACCUAUAAUUGAAAAAAGAAUUAAAAAGUACAGUGAAGGAGAGAUUCAUUUUAACCUUAUGGCAAUUGUAUCAGACAGAAGGAUGAUAUAUGAGAGGAAAAUUCAAGAGAUACAAAAACAGGUGGAGGAGAAUGGAAUGGAAACUGAUGCUCAACAGAGUGAAAUUGCAAGAUUAAAAGUGCUCAUAGAAGAGGAAGAAGCCAAAAUAAAAAGAUAUCAGGCUGAGAAUAUUAGAAGAAAGCAUAAUUAUUUGCCUUUAAUUGUUGAAAUAUUAAAGAUACUAGCAAAAGAGGGACAGUUGCUGCCACUAUACGAAAAGGCAAAGGAAAGGGCUUUAGAAAAAGAAAGCAAACGAGAGGAAGUGAAAACUUAACACUUGUAUUAUUUACAAAAUAAAUAAAUAUAAUUUACUGUAAAACCUCA